UCCAGGACAGACAGGACUGAGACGAGAAGCAAGAUGAAGCACCUGCUGCUGCUGGGGAUCGCUUUUGCCGCAAUCCAUUUCAGUCAUUCAGUCCCCCCAGAUUUCUGUCAGUUGCCCCCAGUUGAAGGUGAUGGCCAAACCUUCAUUCACUCUGUCUUUUAUAAUCCCGAGAAGGAUCAGUGUGAGCCCUUCAUUUACUCAGGCAGCGGUGGAAACAACAACCGGUUUGAAAAUGAACGAGAGUGCAUGAGAAACUGCUCUGCCAAUGUAGAUAAUAUCUACCCCAUUGAUGAAUCUAAGGCUUGCCACUUAAAAAAGGCCUCAGGUCAAUGUAAAAAUCAGCUUUUGAGAUACUACUAUGAUUCCAUUCAUGACAAAUGCAAAAAAUUCCAGUGGACUGGUUGCAUUGGAAACGGAAACCGAUUUUUCUCCAUGGAAAGCUGCAAUAAGACAUGUGAUGGAAUCCACGAUGAUGGUGAGGAAUUGGAGGAGGAUGAGCCAGACACUCCUAUUGCGAUCAUCUGCGGAGUUUUGCUUGCUGUCAUUAUCCUCUCUAUCAUUAUACCUGUGAUCGUCUUGACAGUUAAAUCAAAGAAAAAGAGCUCCAAGAAGAAUGGAGGACGAAAGAGUAAUGAACCCAAGCCUGAUGCACCUCUUCGAGAACAGGCAAUUGAAAUGGAAUAGAUAUCAUUGAUAUGAUCGAUAUCAUCCAUUACAACAUGUGGAGUUUUUACCAGAUUGGUUUAGUCUUUUAACACUGGUGGUCUUAAAGACAAACAUAUCAACUUUCAAUCAUUACAUUUAAGUUUGAUCAUUCAUUUUUUUACUGACAUGCAAAUAGCCAUUAGUUUUGUUCAAUGUUGUGUUUUGUUUCCCCUCAACUAUCACAUGCUUUAAUUAAGUAAUACAAAGUAAAUCUGUUUAGUCUGAAUGUGAUCAGAAUAAAAAUAGAGUUGAAACAAUGUAAAUUAAUUCACAAACAGAAUCAGCAACCAUUUUAAUAAUGAAUUAAUGGCUGAACUAGUUUUUCAAACUGAAAAAGAAAGGUUUUACACUCUUGGUUGGACAAAACGAGCAAUUCAAGAAAACUUCACCAAUUUCUUAAAUUUCAUAGAGAAAACGAUUAACUGAGAAAUUAUAUGAAUUGUGAAUUGCAGCCAUAAAAUAAAGACAACCAUUGUUCAGUCAAAAGAGGUCCAUUACAAGUUAGUCUGAUAGAAGAGAAGUCACAUUAUUUCAAAUUCUGACUCUCAUCAUCCUGUGCAUUGUUAACUGAAAUGUUUUUAACUAUGUGAUCUCCCUAUCACUGCUGUGUUUCCAAAAUAUAACUGGCUCAACCAUUCGCUAAAAAAGCCCAUUCAAAACCUAACACAUAUAUUUAGUUCUGCUUUUGUCCAGCUUUUUUUGUACAGAGGUGCACACUACACACUAACCUUUACUUUGUUAAUCUGUUGUUUUGGGCUGUGAAGAUCUGAACAUAAAUGUCAAAUGUUUUUCUUUUUUAUCGUACUAUGUACAAUGUGGCCUUAAAUCAUUAAACUUUGA